AAGUCGUGACGCCAGAUUGCCAUGGAAACUAGACUACGCUCGCAGCUGAGAGAAAACAGUGCGCUGUAGAACUUCAGUUUGUUUCCUUAAGCGCCACUGUCGUGUUGGGUUGGACAGCGAUCAAGAACGAACCUACCUACUACAUGUUCUAAAGAUAAUAGCGCAUUGUGCACGGUGUCUACGGGUGCGAGAUCCCAAUUUAACCUGUUGGAUAUCACUUAUUGUUGUUUUGCUUACUAUACUUUGGCUAAGUUCUACCCUUUCCUCAGCAGUCAGUUAAACCCAAGAUAAUUGAUCUCCAAAUGGAUAGAAGAUUCCACAACUUGACUCUGGAGCAAGUCCAGACUCUGGACCAGGUGUUGACAGAGGUGAUCCCCAUCCACGGCAGAGGGAACUUCCCCACCCUGGAGGUGAGACCCAAGGACAUCAUCCACGUAGUGAAGGACCGGCUGUUGGAGAGGGAGAUCAGGGUCAGGGACAUCCGCCUCAAUGGCUCCACCGCCAGCCAUGUGAUGGUCAGGGACAAUGGCACGGGCUACAGAGACCUGGACAUCAUCUUUGGAGUGGAGCUGCCCAGACAGGAGGACUUCCAGGUCAUCAAGGAGGUGGUGCUGGGCAGCCUACGUGACCUCCUUCCCCGUGGGGUUAACAGACGCAAGAUCACCUGCCUCACCAUGAAGGAGGCCUAUGUGCAGAAGAUGGUUAAGGUCUUCAAUGAGCACGACCGCUGGAGCCUUAUCUCACUGUCCAAUAACAGGGGUAAAACAGUGGGGCUCAGGUUUGUAAGUUCCCUGCGACGCCAGUUUGAGUUCAGUGUGGACUCCUUCCAGAUUAUAUUGGACCGUAUGCUGGAGUCAUACUGGGAGACUGAGAGGAGGCAAGAAAUUCAGUGUGAGGGAUUGGAGUCACACAAUGGCAUUGUGUUACAUCCAGAUAGAGGGGCAGAGAAAGCCAUAAUGGUACCCCAGUAUUCUUCCACCUCUGAGAAUCUAAAAGAGGAUAAAGACAAAGAUCCAAUGAUGACUCGCUUCGCUGACAGUCUGUGCCACAGUGAACAGGUUGUUGUUCAAGAGGAAGAAUCAUUGCAUCCAAUGAAUGUGCAUGCAACUGGAAAACAAGAGCCACUGGAAGUGUUAGAGAUAGAGAGAGCCGAGCUAGACCUGGGGACUCUGGAGAAUGAGAAAGAGGUAGAAGAGGAGGGGGUGGUAAAGGUUGAUACAGUACUUGAGAUAAGAGUAGAGGAAAAAAUGCCAUUUGUUCAGAAUACAGAUUAUCCCUCACUUAUAUCCUCCUCCAAAAUAUUGACAGAACCUCUGGUGUCAAAUAUAUCUGUAAACCCUCAAAGUAACAUAGAGGAGUCACCGAUCUCUGAGUCAAAAGACAUCAAGCCAUCCCCAGUGUUGCUCACAGAGAACUCAGUGCAAGAGCAACUUCAAGUGAUGCCUCAAUCCACAUCCCAAGCCUGCACUGCUGUCACACAAAACGUACAUCUUGAACAUUUAUUCCCUCCGCCAGCCAAGAAAACCUGUAACACAUCCCAGGGAAUUGUCCCUGACUAUUGCCCCUCACCUAAACCACCAAGGAAGAUGUCACGGAAGAUGAGCAGCAUCUCAUCACUCCCUGAAAAAUGGUCUUUGUUAAAAGAUUUGUCAGAUCUGACAACACAGCUGUUUGAGCCUAUAGAAAUACUUCCAACACCUCAACCAAAUCACUCUUUAUUAGACACUGAUCAAGGCCAUUAUUCAUCCUCCUCAGGGUCCAGACAGAGGAACUCAGAGGGCACUAAAACAUUCACAGACCACCUUACUCCAGCCAUUUCAUCCCAGGAUAAAAACAUCUCACCCCGUACCGUAGAACAAAUAGUCAGGGUGAAAUAUUCAAAAAAGCCUCCAGACUUAGAAGCUUCUGAGGAAUCAUUGUCCCUUCAAACAACAGGGAACCAAGUCCCAGAGACUGAACCUGCUGCUACUCAGGAACUAGCGCCACCAGAGACAACCACGGUCUGUCCACGGGCAGGUUCGGCCCCAAGGGACAAGGCCAGCAUCACUGUGGUAGCAGAGUGCAUGUACGGGGACUUUGAGCAAGCCAUGGAUCAUCUGCGUUUCCGACUGAUUGCCACCCAUAACCCAGAGGAGAUCAGAGGAGGUGGGCUUCUGAAGUAUAGUGACCUGCUGGUGAGGAACUUCAGGCCAGCCAGCGAGACAGAGAUCAAGUCCCUAGAGCGCUACAUGUGCUCCCGCUUCUUUAUUGACUUUCCUGACGUUAGCGAGCAGCAGCGCAAGAUCGAGGCCUACCUGCGCUGCCACUUUGUUGGCGACGAGGAGACUAGCAAGUAUGACUAUCUGAUGACCUUGCGUCGGGUGAUAGAUGAGAGUACAGUGUGUCUGAUGGGACAUGAGAGGAGACAGACACUCAAUAUGAUCACUGUCCUGGCCCUGAGGGUACUGGGGGAACAGAACGCCAUCCCCAACACUGCCAACGUCACCUGCUUCUACCAGCCUGCGCCAUACAUGGCUGACCCCAUAUUCAGCAGCUACUACAUUCCCCAGGCAGCACAGCCACCUCUGCUUUACCACCCCUACCCUUUACAUGUCCACAUGCAGACCGGCCUGGUGUAGCCCCAGCAUGUGAGUGGGGGAGAGCAUGCGGGCUGCAUUCUAUAUGGUUCUACUCUGUAACCAGAGGCACAAAAUUGAUUUUAAAAAGAAGAGGCAUGAGCGCAAUUUGUUCAAUGUUUUGAAAAGAC